UACGCGUACAAGGAGCGUCGUACGAAGAUGUACGUGUGCGAGGAGUGUGGCCACACGACCAACGAGCCGGAGGUGCACUACAUGCACCUGAAGGAGAAGCAUCCCUACUCGCCCGCGCUGCUCAAGUUCUACGACAAGCGGCACUUCAAGUUUAACAAUGCGGCGUUCGCGAACAACCUGCUCGGCUCGCUGCCGAUGCCGGUGCACAACUAGAGUGUGGUGGCGCUGGCGUCCUCGUACAUGGCCUGCCCGCGCAGCAUAGCAGAGCGAGCGGAGGAGGAGGAGAAGGGUUGUUGGGGAGGGUUGCAGGGUCAGGUGAGAAAUUAUGAACUGAACGCGAUCUAAUCGGGGGAAUGCAAGAACAUGAAGUAGUAAAAGGGGAGCUGCAGGUGCCUCGAUCGGGAGGGGCAGGGGCUCCGUAAGGCUGAAUAGGGAAAGGGGUAGGAGGUGCGUGUGCAGAAUAACCAACUAUUUAUUUCUUGAUGCAAUAUAUCGUAUAAUUCUACAACAAAAAAAACAACGUUAGCCACCUAAGCAUAUGCUCUACACUAGUGUUUAGGAGAAUUAGCUUAGCUCAGUAAGAGAAGAUCAAUCAUAUUAAACACGUACACCACGUACAUACACAUACAGACAGAUACAGCGACACACGUAACACACGCACAGCGCAACAAACAUGCGAAUAGUAGUAAUAGUACGUAUAGGGGCCUCAUUUGCAUUUGCGCUCCACUUUAAGGAUAUGAUAGGUCCCGCGGGAUGCAUUUUUCGUUACGAUCUUUUUUUUUUUGUGUGAUUUUUAUGAUUUUUUUUUGCAACCAUAUUCAACUACUUUCGGUAAAUAGUUCGAUUAUUGGCGACGCGGCACACUGCAUCUGUAUAGGCGGGCGGGCGUGUGCGUGUGUUUGUGUAUUAGUAGCUUUGUUUGUUUACUUUUGGGUUUACGCACAAUCCACAAUCCAACAAUUUUGCAAUCCACAGACGGCUUAGUCGAAUUAGCUUUCUUCUUUUUGUUUUGUUUAUUUUUAUAGCGUUUUUUUUUGCUUCUUUUACUUUUGGUGUUGGAGUAACGUCUUCUUAUUUAGUGAAAAGGAAGCUAGAGCGAGAACUUUUGUACAUAGCAAAGGAAGAAGGUGUGUUUAAGUAGAGAGAGAGAGAAACGAAAAACGUGUAUAAUGAAAAAAAACUGAUUGAUUUGUGUCAAUUAGCCACUCGAAUUUUGCGGGCACAAUGCGAUUGCCCUGCAUUGUUUGUAUAAUGAAAAUAAUCGUAAAAUUUGCUUAAUUAGCCGCGGAAGCGAAACUCGAUGAUGCUAAAAAGAUGAAAACAGAUUUCGAAAUCGGUAACGAUACAUUGUGGGAGCUUUUGUUUUACACAGCCCCCCACCCCAAAAGCCGACCUCGGAAUGGGGAAUGGAUUUGUACUUACUUUAAAAGAAAAAUGCUACAAAAAUGCUAUACACACAUUUACCUUAUUACCAAGCAGGGGGGAAGGAGCAGAAACAGAUGAGAAUAUAUGCAUUUACACAAAAUAUCUAUACGCAAGUAAAAAACACACUCAAAAAAAUGAAGAUAUACACGCACACGUGCGCAGUCGAAGUGACCGAAGCCGCGUCGCCCAGUGUAAAGUGACGCUAGAAAGAGAGAGCGAUUCGCGGAAUUAACUAAGGAGAGGAGAGAAAAAAGUCUUGAAUAUAUAAACGAAAACAACAUACAAACUAUACAUUUACAAAACAAAGCAAAUACACAAUACAUUUACACACACAGACACACGUACACACACACACAUCUUAGCAAGGAAUAGAAAAGCUUAGCUGUUUAAGGUAAAAAUAUCCGUGGAAAGAGAUGCAUUUAUUUGAUUUUGAUGAAUAUUAUUUUUUUUCGAUUAUUGCGAGAGCGACGAUAAAGACAGGAUGACGAAGGGUGGGUGUAGCGAAGUAGGAUUUGAACUUGGGUUCGCAGAACCAAGGAAAAGUCUGGUUAGACUGUAAGGCGCAACUCGCCGCGAAAGCGAGAGUGAGAGUGAGAGAGAGAGAGAUUAAAGAAAGUCGAAGAAUGCGCGUAAGCUUUCUUCCGCACUUUCUGCUUCGCUCAACUUUAGCAUAUAAUGUAACUCGAAAAAGGCAUGUGUAAUUUUCCAUUCCAAUACACGCAAACUCAAGUAUGCGGCAGCGGCAGCAGCAGCAGCGCAACUGGAAAUAUGGAUGUGAAUUCGUUUUUUUAUGUUUGUUUGUUUGUUUGUUUGUUCUGUGCAAAACUUAAUGUAAUGAUUAAACAUAUUCUCGUUAGUGUUAGGGCGUGAGAGGAAACGAUGGUUGAGGCCACAGUGGAGAACCACAACGCAAUGUAACGAGGGAUGAGAGUGUGUGUGUGUAUGAAUAAGUAUCUGAUUAUAGCGAUGAAUGAAAGGGGUCGGUGUGAAUGCGGAAUUGAGACUCACCUACACAAUCGUUACAUUGCGUUGCACACGGCCAACCACUAGCGGUGCAGGGCGAUGCAAAACGCACAGAACAGUUUGAGAGAAAGAGAGAGAGAGAGAGAGAAAAUAAGAGAGAGAGAGAGAAAGAGAGGGAUUGUAGGCAGAAAUGCAGGCGGUAGAGAAGCGGAAGUAGACAACAGACCUGAUCCGGUGGACGGAAAAAGGAAGCGGCAAUAAUAGCAGACACAGGUUCGAAACGUACGUUUGCCUUGUUUGCUCCCCUUUUGGGCUUUCUCCCCCACCCCCUCCAUCGCGGGCAGUAGUAGGCGAUAGGGUGGUGGACUGCCCAAGAGGGGGUACCUACGAUUAAGUUAAACUCAUAGCGUGUAAGUCGGAGAUAGGAUGCGCAAAUCGCGACCGAUCGAGAGGCGGCGGAGAAGGAGAGGUUAGCUGUAAGGAGACGAGCCUCGGGGAUGCUGAUGUGGGCGCCUUCAGUGAGCGAAGGUGUAGCUGUGUGGGGGUGUUUUGCUCAAACACACACACACACACACCUUCGAUCACAAAGCGCAUGCAAGACAGGGGUGGUGGUGUGCGUUGUGUGUAUACGUUUUUUUUUCGCAAAAUGGUUGAGUUUUUUUUGGUGUACACAAACACAGAGCCACAUGUUAAGAUGCGGACUGCAUCUGUAUCGGGAUUGCAUCCCAGUUAACACCACGGUACAGAUCAGUCAAUCGAUGGUGAAAGGCUAAGAGAGAUAAAGGGAGAGAGAGAAGGGAGAGAGUAGUAGGAGAGAGAAAGAGAGGCAGGAAGUGAACGCAAAAAAAACAACAACAACCACUAGGAAAACAUGAGUAUAAUCGGGGUUUUUCGUGCAAUCAACAUUAUUUUUCGUCGGUGUUGGAUUAAUUUAGUGUAUAGUGUGACAGUAGGCAGCAGCGGCGACAGCGCAGCAACAACAGCAACAACAAAAAAAAAAGAGCAAAAAAAAAGGCAAGAAAAAGAAAACCGGAACAGCGCCGCUGUGUUAAUCAUCUACUAAUUAAGCCGAUUUAUUAAGUAAAAACGACACAUACGCACACACACACGCACACACACACACACAUGGGAAAGAGUAGUGUGGGUGGGUGUGGGAGGAGGGUUGCGUGCGGUGCAAAACCAAUUUGUGGCAGGAGAGAGGAUGCAUUUUGGGAGGUGGAGGUGGUUGGGAGUUGGGUGGUCACCCGCCGGACCCCCCACCCCCCCGCCUAUGAUUGAGUAGCACACAUCCUUUGCAUGAUCAGGAGUGAGAGGAGCGAGAGAGAAAGAGUACCUCAAAGCGCAAUCAAAUACACAAACACACACACACACACACGCAAAUGCAUUUAUCUCUUUCUCGCUCUCUCGCCCUUUUUUGAAGGAAGUGCGGGGCGCACACACACUCUUAACACAUACACACAUGCACAAACGCUCAGGAACGGAGGGGAGAGAGAGAGAAAGAGAGAGAGAGAGAGAGAGAGAGAGAGAGAGAGAAGGCGGCGUAAAACACGCGUAGCUGGCUCUGUUUGUGUCUGUGUGUGCGUGCGUGUAUAUGUGUGCGUGUGUGUGUGUGUGUGCGUGUGUGUGACUGAACGACGAACACGACGAAUAUCUUAUCUUUUAAGAAGUAAACUAUAUGAUGGAGUACCUUUUUAUCUAGUUUUGUAAGACAAAGCGAACGAUACUAUUUGCUAGGAAAACACGAAUAUUAUAACUAUGGCAAAAAAAAACAAACAAAAUAACAAGAGAACAAACACACCGACACAGAUUGCUCUAAAAACAAAAAAACGAAAACAAACAAAAAACAUAAAAACAUACCACCACCAGUACCAGCCGCGAAAUGCAAAAAUAAAAAAUUAUCAAAAAACGAACACACACACACUUAAACCGAAUAUUACAACUAAUAGAUGAAACAACAAUUAUCAAAACAGGAGAGGGGGUGGUGGGAGUAAAAGAAUAGGAAAGGCUCACACACAUAAGCGCUCCCAUCGAAAGAGGGAAACGGAAGAUGCAAAAUAGUGGAACGAGAUUGACACAACUCCGCUUCCGAGUGCUUUCGGGCAAGGAAUUCUGCUUCGGUCGUUCAAAAAUUUGUUAUUGAACAACUUUUUUUUUCUAUAAUUUAUUAUAAACUUUCCAACAGUUGCAUAAUGAAAUUUCUCCAUUCCCCUUUUCUUAUGCAAUCAGUCUUUCUUUUUGUCGUUGUUUAUCUGUUUGUGCAGGCAUUGCCAAUUCAUGUUGCAUUUAUGUAGAAAGGUAAAAAUGUGAAGAAGAAGAAGAAAAAGAAACAAAAAUGAGCGAUACAGUCGAAAGGUAGGAAAGAAGGCGGCGAUAGUAUAGUGUGUAUGUGUGUCUGUAUGUGGGACGAACGAGAAUAAAUAGAAAUGCCUCACAAAAAAACAGGAAACAAAAACAAAAAGAGCGACUCAAGAGUAUGUGUGUGAGUGCCUUCCAGGGCCAUGGCUACCAAACCAUGAGUAAUACACGCUACACCCCUACCCGACCCACUUCCCACUUCGGUUAGUAGCAAAAUAGAUAUGGAACAAUGUGGAAAUAAACAAUCAAUUAUAUGUGUUAAAAAUCUUA